AUGUCCAGCGCGCGCGCGCAGACGAAGACGAACGUCCACGGCUCCGUCGCGCGUGGACGCACCGCGCGCGGCGGCCGUCGACGCGUCGUCGCGACACCGAAGAGCUCGAGCGCGCCGACGGAUGGUGUCGUCGAUUCUAUCCCGAGCGCCGACGCCGCGACCGCGACGCGCGAGGCGAGGGAGAGCGAGCGCGCGUGGGAUUUGCCUCGGAAACCGUAUCGCGCGGGCGACGCGCCGGCGCCGGGGACGUGGUCGCCGACGAAUCAGACGAUCAAGGAUUGGCGGUCGCUGUAUCGAAAUACGACGCUGAGCGUGACGGGCGACGGCGAAGGGUACGUCUUGGACGAGGCGUGCGUCUCGGGGACGAUCCCGAGCGAAUUGAAGGGGACGCUGUUUCGUAACGGGCCAGGUUUAUUGGAGAUUUAUGGGAAGAAGUUGAACCAGUUCUUCGACGGCGACGGGUUGGUGUACUCGACGACGUUUCCGGGCGACGGGUCGGUGAAGUUUAAGCACAACUUUGUGGGCACCAAGGGCUUCACCGAGGAGCAGGCGGCGCAGAAGAUGAUUUACAAGGGCGCAUUCGCGAUCGGUAAUCCAAAGGGCGACGCGCUGUAUAACCCGUUUGAUUUCGACGUGAAGAAUGUGGCCAACACGGGAGUCGUGAACUGGGGCGGCGAGACGUAUGCGCUCUGGGAGGGCGGCAAGCCGCACAAGAUGCGAUCGGAUAAUUUAAAGACUGUUGCUGAGGUGGAGGAGGUGCUCGGAACAAAGCUUCGCGUGCCUCAAAUGGCGGCGCAUUACCGGAUUUGGGAGGGCGAGAGUGAGGAGGAGAAGCGCCUCAUCGCUUUCAGCAUCGAGAGCCAGGCGUCGUUCCCGCAAAACGUCAACCGAGCUGCAUUUUACGAGUGGGACGCGCAAGGCAAUUCCGCGGUGGUGAACAACUUCGACGUUCCCAACGCAACCUUUGGCUUCUUCCACGACUGCCUCGUGACCGAGAACUGGUACUUCCUCUUCCAGAACCCCACGAGUCUAAACCCGCAAAAGCUGUUGACAGAAUACAUGUUCGCAAAGUGUGCGCUGGCUGAGACGAUUUGCAUGGUCGACGGCAAGAGUGCCAUCCUUCACUGCUUGCCUCGCACCGAGAAAGCGCGUAAGAUCGGGCAAAAGGCGAUCGAACUCAAGCCGCAAUUCUUUUUCCAUCACAUCAAUGCGUUCGAGCGCGACAACGGUGAGAUUGUCCUCGAUUCCUUGCCGUGGGUCUUCAUGGACUUCUCUAUGAACUUGGACUCCGUCAACCCGUCGUUUUUCAAUGGCGGCUCGAGAGUCGAAUACACGCGAUUCAUCGUCGAUCCGGUUCGAGGUAAAUGCAAGCAAACGGUGCUCAACAAUCGCGUCGGCGAGUUCCCGACGAUGAACAACAAAUUUGUUGGUCGCAAGCACACGCACGCGUACACCGCCGGGACAGUGGUGAAGGAUGACGUCAAGUGGGGUCCGAACCAGUGCUUGGUAAAACACACGACAGAUCCGGAGACGGAGGCCCCGGUGAAGGAACAAGUUUGGUACUACGGUGAGCGAUGCUUCGUCCAGGAGCCCAUCUUUGCUGCUCGCCCGGGAGCGACCACUGAAGACGACGGUUGGAUUUUGCAAGUCGUCAACGAUGCGGGUGAGGAAACGUCGACGCUACACAUUUUCGAGGCUACGGACAUCACGAAGGGCCCAAUCGCGAGCGUUCUCUUCAAGGACGAGCACUUGCCGCCGGGAUUGCAUGGCAUGUGGUCCGAGGGCACCGUGUACAACUAG